CAGGGAGCGUGCAGCGCGGCGAUCAUCAGUGCGCUGUGUCCCUUGGACACAGUGGAUCACGGAAAGAGCCAAAGAUGUCAGCUCAGUCAUGUGACCAGCUGUGUCCAAUCACAGCUGAUUACAUGGCACUGAUGAUCAGUGUGGCCCCAGAAGUGCCACCUGUCAGUGUCCAUCAGUGCCAGUAGUCAGUGCUCAUCAGUGCCACGUGCCAGUGCCCAUCAGUGCCACAUCAAUGCCACAUAUCAGUGCAUACCAGUGCACAUCAAUGCCACAUAUCAGUGCCCAUCUGAGCUGCCUUUCAAUGUCACCCAUCAGUGCCAGUCAGUGCCACCUAUCAAUGCCAAUCAGUGCCACCUAUCAGUGCUGCCAAUCAGUGCCACCUAUCAGUGCCAGUCAG